AUGAGAUUCAGUGGGUCCCGGCAGAACCGGACCCAACUAUUCUGGUCAAUCAUCAGGCCACUUGAUGCAUUCCACGUGAUCCAGAUGUUGAUCUCAGCCAUAUUGUUAUUGGAAUUAUUGAGUUCGAGCGUUGCGGAAUUUCGAGCCGUCGAGCAUGCGACAGUGAUCGAGUUCCCGGCGCUUAAUUGUCGGAAACACAGCGCGGUUUUAACUGAUUUUGGUGGAGUCGGAGACGGUAAAACAUCCAACACGGAGGCGUUCAAAGCCGCCAUAGCGAAUCUCAGCCAGCUCGCGGCGGAUGGCGGUGCACAGCUUGUUGUUCCGCCGGGGAAAUGGUUAACAGGGAGCUUUAAUCUCACCAGUCAUUUUACUCUUUUCAUCCAUAAGGAUGCUAUUAUUCUGGGAGCUCAGGAUGAAUCGGAGUGGCCUCAUCUUCCAGUUCUGCCUUCUUACGGAAGGGGAAGAGACGCCGGUAGUGGAAGGUUCAGCAGCCUUAUUUUUGGCACCAACCUCACCGAUGUCGUCAUUACAGGUAACAACGGCACCAUCGAUGGCCAAGGUGCAUACUGGUGGAAGAAGUUCAAAGAGGGCACAUUAAAUGAAACCAGGCCCUACUUGAUCGAGGUCAUGUAUUCCAAUCAGGUGCAGAUAUCGAAUCUCACACUGAUCAACUCCCCAUCGUGGAACGUUCAUCCUAUAUACAGCAGUGAUAUAAUUAUCCAACACGUGACCAUUAUUGCACCCAUUGAUUCUCCUAACACGGAUGGAAUUAACCCAGAUUCAUGCACAAACACCAGAAUUGAAGACAGUUUUGUAGUCUCGGGUGAUGACUGCAUAGCUGUUAAAAGUGGUUGGGAUCAAUAUGGGAUCAAGUUCAACAUGCCCACCAAGCACUUGGUGAUUAGAAGGUUCACCUGCAUAUCUCCCGACAGUGCCACGAUUGCUCUCGGAAGUGAGAUGUCCGGUGGGAUCGAAGAUGUAAGAGCCGAAAACAUUACAGCAAUCAAUACUCAAUCUGGUGUGAGGAUUAAAACUGCUGUGGGAAGAGGAGCUUAUGUGAAAGACAUUUAUGUUAGAAACAUGACAAUAAGUACAAUGAAGUAUGUAUUCUGGAUGACAGGUUCUUAUGGCCAGCAUCCAGACCCCGGAUUCGACCCGAAAGCAUUUCCGAUGAUCAAAGGAAUCAACUACAAAGACAUAGUGGCUGAUAAUGUCACAUAUUCAGCGAGAUUGGAAGGGAUCGAGAACGAUCCUUUCACGGAUAUUUGCAUUUCGAAUGUCGAUAUCAAAUUGACUGCAAAGCCAAAGGAGUUGCAAUGGAACUGCACUGAUGUUCAGGGAGUUACCAACCGAGUGACCCCUGUUCCGUGCAAUUUGUUGCCUGAGAAGGAGAUUGAUUGCCCCUUCCCUGAGGACAGGCUGCCUAUUGAAGAUGUCGGGCUGAAGACUUGUUCGGUAAUCGGAAACUUUUGAUAGUAACUUGUACUCUACUCUAAAUUCUUAUAACAAACCGUACUUUAGCAUCUGGGAGAAAAU